AAGAAUACCACUCAUCCAAAUCAAUUCUCCUUUGCAAGUUUGCACCGACCCGGCCUUAUCUACGUACCCGAUUAGAGACCUUUAGAGCGUCUUUUUUACCAUGUCGACAGCAACGCCGUCAGCGCCUUCAUCAUUUUGUAAAAAUUUACUUACAUCCGCGCAAUCAAACGGCCUGGGCCCACUCUCCGCCGUCAUUAAUCCUUGCGUAAACCGAGUUACUUGGGACGAUGGUGUCGUCUUCUGUGACAGCUAUCCUUGCCUCACUUUGCGUUCAUCAUCCACACAUGCCUCGAGGUUGAAUCUAGACCAUCAACAACAAGGUAACCAUCUUCUGUCAAUGAUUGUACACAUUUUUUGUCCUCAGAUAACUGAUGCAUUAGUGAUACUUUGUCGAGUGCGCUUUACUCCUCGCUCAGCACAAAUAGUCUGCGUGCUAAUCCGACACAGUAUCAGCCGUCUGAAGUUUCACGACUUGCUGCCACUUCUUCUUUUGCUUUGCUCAGGUAGUGACAUGAUAGAGCCGAUGUGGUCUGAUCAAAGAGCGUUUGAUACCUGACUUGAAACCUGUUUCCCAUCUCUCAGCACUUUUCAUCUCCUU